GGAGCGGGGCCGAGCCCUUCGGAGAGCGCGGCCGUGCGCUGCCCGGCGCCAUGCUUCUGCUGGGUAUCUUAACCCUGGCUCUCGCCGGGGUACCUGCAGGCGGGUCAGAGCCAGACCAGGAGGUGGUGGUCCCCAUCCGACUGGACCCGGACAUCAACGGCCGCCACUACUACCGGAGGGGUCCCGAGGACUCAGGAGAUCAGGGACUUAUUUUUCAGAUCACAGCAUUUCAGGAGGACUUUUACCUACACCUGACUCUGGAUGCUCAGUUCCUGGCGCCCGCCUUCGCCACAGAGCAUCUGGGCGUCCACCUCCCGGCACUCACCGGGAGCUCUCCAGACUUGCGACGUUGCUUCUACUCUGGGGACGUGAACGCCGAGCCAGAUUCCUUCGCCGCUAUGAGCCUGUGCGGGGGUCUACGCGGAGCAUUUGGGUACAGAGGCGCCGAGUAUGUCAUUAGUCCGCUCCCCAACGCCAGCGCGCAGGCGGCACAGCGCAACAGCCAGGGCGCACACCUCCUCCAGCGCCGGGGCGCCCCCGGCGGGCCUCCCGGAGAUCCCACCUCUCGCUGCGGAGUGGCCUCAGGCUGGAACCCUGCCAUUCUGCGGGCGCUGGACCCUUACAAGCCGCGGGAGGCCGGCUUAGGAGAGAGUCGCAGUCGGCGGAGGUCCGGGCGCGCCAAGCGCUUCGUGUCUAUCCCGCGUUACGUGGAGACUCUGGUGGUGGCGGACGAGUCAAUGGUCAAGUUCCACGGCGCGGACUUGGAGCAUUAUCUGCUAACGCUGCUGGCCACGGCGGCACGACUCUACCGCCAUCCUAGCAUCCUCAACCCCAUCAACAUCGUCGUGGUCAAGGUGCUGCUUCUCGGAGACCGCGACACAGGGCCCAAGGUCACGGGCAACGCGGCCAUGACGCUGCGCAACUUCUGUGCCUGGCAGAAGAAGCUGAAUAAAGUGAGUGACAAACACCCAGAGUACUGGGACACAGCCAUCCUCUUCACCAGGCAGGUGAGCCGGGGCGAAGCCAGAAAGUUGGGAGGCUGUGUUGGCAGGACCAACAUCCAGGACCUGUGUGGGGCCACCACCUGUGACACGUUGGGCAUGGCUGAUGUGGGCACUAUGUGCGACCCCAAAAGAAGUUGUUCUGUGAUCGAGGAUGAUGGGCUUCCAUCAGCCUUCACCACUGCCCAUGAGCUGGGCCACGUGUUCAACAUGCCCCAUGACAAUGUGAAAGUGUGCGAGGAGGUGUUUGGGAAACUCCGAGCCAACCACAUGAUGUCCCCAACACUCAUCCAGAUCGACCGUGCCAACCCCUGGUCUGCCUGCAGCGCUGCCAUCAUCACUGACUUCCUGGACAGUGGGCAUGGCGACUGCCUCCUGGACCCACCCAGCAAGCCCAUCUCCCUGCCCGAGGACCUGCCUGGUGCCAGCUACACCCUGAGCCAGCAGUGUGAGCUGGCCUUUGGCGUGGGCUCGAAGCCCUGUCCCUACAUGCAGUACUGCACCAAGCUGUGGUGCACCGGCAAGGCGAAGGGGCACAUGGUGUGCCAGACCCGCCACUUCCCCUGGGCAGAUGGCACCAGCUGCGGCGAGGGCAAGUUCUGCCUCAAGGGGACCUGUGUGGAGAGACAUAACCUCAACAAGUACAAGGUGGACGGCUCCUGGGCCAAGUGGGAGCCCUAUGGAACCUGCUCGCGCACCUGCGGCGGGGGCGUGCAGCUGGCCCAGAGGCAGUGCAGCAACCCUACCCCUGCCAAUGGGGGCAAGUACUGCGAGGGAGUGAGAGUGAAAUACCGAUCCUGCAACCUGGAGCCCUGCCCCAGCUCAGCUUCUGGCAAGAGCUUCCGGGAGGAGCAGUGUGAGGCUUUCAACGGCUAUAACCAUAGCACCAACCGGCUUACCCUUGCCGUGGCAUGGGUGCCCAAGUACUCCGGCGUUUCUCCCCGGGACAAGUGCAAGCUCAUCUGCCGAGCCAAUGGAACCGGCUACUUCUAUGUGUUGGCGCCGAAGGUGGUGGAUGGUACACCGUGCACUCCUGACUCCACCUCGGUCUGUGUCCAAGGCAAGUGCAUCAAGGCUGGCUGUGACGGGAACCUGGGCUCCAAGAAAAAAUUCGACAAGUGUGGUGUGUGUGGGGGCGACAAUAAGAGCUGUAAGAAGGUGACAGGCCUCUUCACCAAGCCCAUGCACGGCUACAAUUUUGUGGUGGCCAUCCCUGCCGGUGCCUCGAGCAUUGACAUCCGCCAGCGUGGCUACAAGGGGCUGGUUGGAGAUGACAACUACCUGGCCCUGAAGAACAGCCAAGGCAAGUACCUGCUCAAUGGGCACUUCGUGGUGUCGGCCGUGGAGCGGGACCUGGUGGUGAAGGGCAGCCUACUGCGCUACAGUGGCACGGGGACGGCGGUGGAGAGCCUGCAGGCCUCCCGGCCCAUCCUGGAACCCCUGACCGUGGAGGUCCUCUCCGUGGGCAAGAUGACACCACCCCGGGUCCGCUAUUCCUUUUACCUUCCCAAAGAGCCUUGGGAGGACAAGGCCUCCCACCCCAAGGACCCCCGGGGCUCCUCGGUGCACCACAACAGUGUCCUCAGCCUCUCCAAUCAAGUGGAACAGCAGGACGACAGGCCCCUGGCGCGUUGGGUGGCAGGCAGCUGGGGGCCUUGCUCUGUGAGCUGUGGCAGUGGCCUGCAGAAGCGGGCGGUCAACUGUCGUGGGCCCCCAGGGCCACGCUCCACGUCUGCCUGUGAUGCAGCCCAUCGGCCAGUGGAGAUGAGAGCCUGUGGGGAACCCUGCCCGACCUGGGAGCUCGGCGCCUGGUCGCCCUGCUCCAAGAGCUGUGGCCGGGGAUUUAAGAGGCGUCCGCUCAAGUGUUUGGGCCCUGGAGGGCGGCUGCUGGCCCGGGACCAGUGCAACCUGCGCCGGAAGCCCCAGGAGCUGGACUUCUGUGUCUUGAGGCCGUGCUGAAUGGGACUGUCCUUUUCUCCUCCUCACUCUC